ACAUCCACUGUUCGCCCACAGGGAACCGGCUCCGCUAGUUUCGAUGAGUUCGGUAACUCCAAGUACCAGAACCGGCGGACCAUGAGCAGCUCGGACCGGGCCAUGCUCAACGCCUUCAAAGAGAUCACCACCAUGGCCGACCGCAUCAACCUGCCAAGGAACAUCAUAGACAGAACCAACAACCUGUUUAAGCAGGUCUAUGAACAGAAGAGCCUGAAGGGCCGAGCCAACGAUGCCAUCGCCUCCGCCUGCCUCUACAUCGCCUGCAGACAGGAAGGAGUACCAAGGACGUUCAAAGGUCAGGACAGGUUUACUCUCUCGUAAGAACCAAGCGUGGAGCUGCUCAGAGGAGGACGCCAUUCAUGUUUACAUACCAGUGUUUCCCCUAGGAUGGAGUCAUAGCAGCGGUGCUAAGGCACGCGGGCCCAGCAAAAUGUGAGCGCGGCGCGCGUGGACAUUUUAAGUGUGUGCGCGUGCGAAGUGCUUCCCGCCAUUAUGUUUCUAUUUGUCUGCCAGCACAAGAAAGACACAUACAUCAUUAAAGGCUUCAAAUGUAUUCAGUAUUGUAUGAACAUAAUUGGUGG